CUACACAGUAUGGCCGGCGAUAUUAGCUAGCACUCGCUCACGGAUCUUCUCUGUAAAAGGGGAAAAAGUCGGUGAAAUCUACGACGUUUUGACAAGAUAACACCAACACCAGGGCUCAAAGAUUCAAGGAUUCAAGGACACUGUGCUUAAAUUAACAUCUUUUAGCUUGAGACUUGAUUUGGAGCUGAAAAAAAAAAUCUGAAACAUCUAAAUAAGCUGUGUGCGUGUUUGUUUGUGUCACGAUGGAGGAGAACGGAGCGCAUUUCUUCGAGGGGACCGAGAAGCUGCUGGAGGUUUGGUUCUCCCGGCAGGACGACGCCAAAGGCACCGGGGACCUGCGAAGCAUCCCGAGGUUUGAGUGGGACAAACUUCUGGAGAAUGUGCAUUGUUUGAUCAUAAGUGUGACAAAGACUGACAAGCAGGAAGCUUAUAUACUCAGCGAGAGUAGCAUGUUUGUCUCCAAGAGACGUUUCAUUUUGAAGACAUGCGGAACCACCCUCUUACUGCAAGCGCUGGUGCCCCUGCUGGAGCUGGCACGCGAGUAUUCCGGCUUUGACGCCAUCGAGAACUUCUUCUACUCUCGUAAGAACUUCAUGAAGCCCGCCCAUCAGGAUUUUCCCCACCGCAACUUUGAGGAGGAAGUGGAAUUUCUCAGCCAGAUCUUCCCAAACGGAGCAGCCUACUGUAUGGGACGUCUGAACUCUGACUGCUGGUACCUGUUUACUCUGGAGCUGCCAGAGUACUGGGAGAACAAGCAGGCGGACCAGACGCUGGAGGUUCUGAUGAGCGAUCUCGACCCAGCCGUGAUGGACCAGUUCUACAUGAAAGACGGUGUUUCCGCUAAUGAGGUCACUCGUAUGAGUGGAAUUCGUGACCUGAUUCCAGGUUCUGUGAUUGACGCCACAAUGUUCAACCCUUGUGGAUACUCCAUGAAUGGAAUGAAAACGGAUGGAACUUACUGGACGAUCCACAUCACCCCUGAGCCAGAGUUCUCGUACGUUAGUUUCGAAACCAACCUCUCCCAGACGUCCUACGACGAGCUCGUGCGGAAAGUCGUGGACGUCUUCAAGCCAGGGAAAUUUGUGACUACGCUUUUUGUUAACCAGAGCUCGAAGUGCCGCAGCGUCUUUACGCCUGCACAGAAAGUCGACGGCUACAGACGCCUGGACCGCCAGCUCGCCCAUUUUAACGACUACAACUUUGUCUUUACCAGUUACGCCAGGAAGCCGCAGCAGAGCUAAAGAUGAGAAAGCGCAAAAAGAAAGACGGCGCGACCGGAGCCCCUCGGCUCUUCUGCUGCUGCCGCCGUCACCGCCGCCUUCUGACGUUUCGUUACUGUAGCUGUAUUACCGCGAGUUUACCCUGUACCCGGUCCGUAGAUAUGUUGCAUGAAAGCUCUCGUCGUGUCCGUGUAGAUAUUCUAGCUCACUCUUGCCGUGAUCUCGAAGUGCAUGUAGAGUUGAGGAGCCUCCCCUUCCUGCAAGCGUCCCCCCUCAUCCUCCACAGACAGGGUUUCCGCGCCCACUGAAGCGGGGAACCCUGGCGUGCUCAGAUUCGUCUCCGCGGUGCGGUUAUAAAACUCGACACAAACAUUUUAAAAAAGAAAAAUAAUAAAAAAUAUUACACUGUAGACCGUCGCAUGCUGUCAAUCAAAAGGGCCUGUUUUUUUUUUUUUUUUCUUAGAGAAAUAGCAUGAGAGGAAAAGACUUAAAUUUAUUAAGAUAAUAAACAAAUUAUAUAUUUAUAUAAUUCUUGAGAUGUCUUUGCUUUUUUUUCCCAUUUAUUGCAACAAACCAAACAAAAAAAGAAUACCAUCAGCAAAAAAAAUAAUUGCACUUUAAAAUGAGCAUCAAGAGCAACAAAAGACUCUUGUUUAAGCACUAAUUAUAUAAUAUAAUAAAAAAGGGGCAGUUAAUGUGGAAGAGCCAUGACUGGAGCUGUUACACACCUACACGAAUACCUAAACCUGCCCCACCCACAUUGUUUAAGCCACUCCCAUAUCAUCCCAUCAACACACACUAGACGUGGCACGGAUCUGAGCAUGUCAGGGUUCUCCCGGAUCAUUCCGCACUGCUGUUCGUUUUAUUAUUAUUUUUUUUUUCCUCGCUUUUGUUAAAUUAAUUUUAUUUAUUUAUUUUUGAACAAUGAGCUGGCCAAAAAAUGUGACUCCAGUACCUCCUCGAAGCUGUGUUCUGUCAUGUGCCGGGAGAGAGAUGCUAGAUCGAUUUUAUUUAUUACCCCCCACACCUUUCUAAAAAAAAACAAUAA